AUGGAGUUCUCUCAAGAUGAUUUCGAUCGUCUCUUAAUGUUCGAGCACGCUCGUAAAACCGCUGAAGCUACCCACGCUAGAGACCCUCUUGAUGCCGAUAACUUGACUAAGUGGGGUGAGGCAUUGCUCGAAUUAUCGCAAUUUCAAACGGUGGUAGAUGCAAAGAAGAUGAUAAAGGAUGCUAUCUCGAAGUUGGAAGAGGCAUUGAUGUUAAAUCCAACAGCCAAUGCUAUGUUCUCUAUAGGAAAUGCCAACACUUCUUACGCAUUUCUUACUCCUGAUCUUGAUGAGGCAAAAAGUUAUUUUGACAAGGCAGCUGAUUACUUCCAACAAGCGAUUGAUGAGGAUCCAAAUAAUGAGCUUUAUCUCAAGUCUUUAGAAGUUUGUGCCAAGGCUCCAGAAUUGCAUAUGGAGAUCCAUAAGCAGUCAAGCAGUCAACAGAUUAUGGGUGGGGGAUCUUCUGCUUCUUCAAAUGCGAAGGGCUCCAAGAAGAAGACAACCAGUGAUCUGAAGUACGAUAUAUUUGGAUGGAUUAUCCUUGCAGUCGGAAUCGUUGCAUGGGUGGGGAUGGCGAAAUCCCAUGUUCCUCCUCCUCCUCCUCCUCCUCCAAGAUGA